AUGGCUGCCAAGCCACCAGCAAAGCCGGCCGCUGGGCCUCCUGAAGCCGAAGCCUCAACCUUCCGCAAAGCUCCAACCGACGUCAACCGCAUCCCAGGUUCAGCUGCAUCGAUGAAAGUCCAAGAACGAAGCAAGACUGUGCCCACCACCCUCCCCACCUCAUCGAAACCAGCUCCUUCAACAUCACGCUCCACACCCCGAACUCCCUCGGCUCUACGAACCAAGACAGCAAUCCAAACAAUGCAGCCAUUCCUCGACUCCUCCACCACCUCCUCCACUCCUAUCCAACCCACGGACAUCCAACUCCUAACAACCUCCAUCCUUUCCAACCAAGAGCGUCAACGAGUUAUCCUGUACUACCAAGAAAAGCUCAUCGACUUCAACCCAAACCUGCUCAAUCUCAAAAAGAGCCUUCUAUUCCUCUCGUCCUCGUCCUGGGGACAGAUUCUAGAAGAACGAAAGUUGGCUGGGAAAUGUUCUUACCCCCCUUGCUCGAAACCUUCUCCUUCAGCAGGUGCGGGAGGAAGGGGGAAGUUCAGAAUCAGCUUACGGAACAAGUCGAUCAAGGCAGUUGAGGAUUUAGAUCUGGGAGAAGCAGGGAAUACAUGGGACGACGUUAGGGAUUAUUUUUGCAGUAAGAGCUGUUAUGCAAGAUCGGAGUGGAUUUUGAGAUGGGUGUUGAGCGAUAAAGAGAUUGGGUUGCUGGAUGAGAGUGCGAGUAAAGGUGGAAAUGGGGUGGGAGGAGGAGGAUCGGUACUUGGUGGGAAGUGGCAGAAGUUGACUAAUCAUCCACAUGGGUAUGAACAGGUGGAGUUGUUGGAGGACAUCGAGAGGGAGAGUGGGGUUGAUAUUGGUCAGGCGGAGAAUGAGGAUGGGUUGGAUGGGUUGCAGCAGGUGGACGAGAAGGAAGGAGAGGAGGCGAAGAGGGUGGAGGAGGCGGAUAAGGCAGCUGGUCAGGUGAAGGUUGAUGCAGGGCAAAUCAACAAGUUGAUGGGCGAUCUGACGAUUAUAGAGCGUACAAAGACGACACAACCUGGUACAGGCAGCACAAACCCAUCGACAUCGAUACCAGCUGGAUCAAAGUCUACUCAGACAGACAGCGCAAGCGCGGCUGGCAUAACUUCUACUCCCAGCCGAACCACAAAACCGGUGGUCCCCUCCAGAACAGUCUACGACAUCGACGUACCAAACACUCUCGGCUCUCGCUUCACCCGUACCAACCCCUCCAAUCCCACCUCCACCGCCAGGGCCGAAGACGAAGAAGACGAUAUGGACCUACGCGAACGUGAACUAUCCUCUAUUCUCCGCUUUGCCUCUCUUGCUCCCGCUUCUCGUCCUCGACAAAGAAACACCACUAUCCGAAUCGACAGUACUCCCUCCGGUACGGCUGCGAACGGGAAGAAGGAGGCAGAAGGAAACUUGGACGAUGAUAGGGAGGAAAACGAACCAAUCCUCGACCCGAAGGAAGCAAAGGAAAGGAGCGAAAUCAGAAGGAUCAUGGAUCUUGCUCUUGACGUCAGAGCUGACCAACGGGAGCUAGGUCUUCUGAACUGA